AUGUCAAAAACCGAUGAUCUUUUUAGUCUCGAGGACGACAAUGACAAUUAUGUUCCUUAUAUACCGAUCAAACAAAGACGUGAAGCUAAAUUUCAGAAGCUUGUAAGCCAAAGACGCCUUCCCGAACAGCAAAAUAUCGUUGAAGCAGAUGAAGAGGUCGAAGACUCUCACAAAGCUGGUCCCAAAGCUAACGUGAGUUUGAUUGAUCAAGCAGUAGAAGUCAAAAAGCAAAAAAUGUUGGAAGGUAUGUUGCAAAAAGUUUUUAUGCAAGGUUCAAUUUUUAGUGAUUUUAAUAUUAAAAACAUAUACAUUUCAGAUGCCGUAAAGACUGACGCAGAAAAGAAACUCGAAGAGGAAAAGGCUAUAAUGGAUGCCGUUGCUCAAAAAAAGCUUUUAGCAUCUGAUCGAGAACUUGCAAAAGGCAUUAUUUACACAGAUUCUAUGACAACUACAUUGUCUGGCCGAGACAUGAUCGGAAUUGCAUUUACAGGGUCUGGAAAAACCUUGGCUUUUUCGUUACCAUUGGUCAUGUUUGCUUUGGAAGAAGAAGUGAAACUUCCAUUAAUUAGGGGAGAAGAUCAAUGGAACACAUUAUCAGAAGGGAUUCAUAUUGUCGUUGCAACUCCCGACUUUGCAAGAUCUGCAUUAGUUAAACCGGUGAUUGUAAAUGUUGGUCGUGCAGGUGCUGCCAAUUUGGAUGUUAUUCAAGAAGUGGAAUAUGUAAAACAAGAAUCCAAGAUUGUGUAUUUAUUGGAAUUAGCAACUACAUUUAUUAACAUGACUUGUUCUGAACAAAUUUUGCUCGAUUUGAAACAUUUACUCAAGGAGGCCAAACAGCGCGUUCCUCCCGUAUUAGAAGCUUUAAGGGAUCCAUUGGAAGAAGAGUACAAAGAAUUAUCGGGAG